UUGGAUCUCCCUUUGAGUUUUGACUUGUUUUUUAGUUGCAAUGACUGCUUCAUUGCUUUCUUACUCUUGCAAUGACUGAUGGUCACAGUGGUUUUGAAUUCCACACAUGACAACGAUGUUGAUGCUGGUAUGAAGCUCAAGAAAGAUUGAUCAAGAGGAGAAAGGUUUUUUCACCAAAGUUUCCGAAAUUUUUCUCUCGUCAUGUCUCUUAAGGAGAAGAGCAAGGAGGGGAAGAAAUUUGAGAAGAGCUAUUUCGAUGUGUUGGGUUUGUGCUGUUCUUCGGAGGUGCCACUGAUUGAGAACAUCCUGAAACCUCUCGAAGGAAUCAAAGAGGUUUCUGUCAUCGUCCCAUCACGAACUGUCAUUGUUGUUCACGACACUCUUGUCAUUUCUCAACUUCAAAUAGUUAAGGCUCUGAAUCAAGCAAGACUAGAAGCGAAUAUUAGAGUGUAUGGGGACUCAAAGCACCAAAAGAGAUGGCCAAGCCCUUACUCGGUUGUGUCUGGUUUGCUACUUUUGCUUUCGCUUCUCAAAUUUGUGUGCCAUCCCUUUAAGUAUUUGGCCCUUGGAGCAGUUGCUGUGGGAGCCUACCCUAUCAUCUUGAAAGCUAUUUUCUCCAUUAGGAACCUUAGGCUUGACAUCAACAUUCUCAUGAUCAUAGCAGUUAUUGGGACAAUUGCUAUGAAUGAUUAUUUGGAAGCCGGCACCAUUGUUUUCCUCUUCUCAAUUGCUGAAUGGCUAGAGUCAAGGGCAAGUCACAAGGCAAAUGCAGUAAUGUCAUCUUUGAUGAACAUAACCCCUCAAAAAGCAGUCAUAGCUGAAACAGGAGAGGUUGUGGAUGCUGAUGAGGUGAAAGUAAACACCAUCCUUGCAGUUAAAGCAGGCGAGGUCAUACCCAUUGAUGGACUUGUCUUAGAUGGAACCUGCGAAGUUGACGAGAAAACAUUGACUGGGGAAUCAUUCCCUGUCGCUAAACAAAAGGAUUCUACUGUAUGGGCUGGCACCAUCAAUUUGAAUGGUUAUAUUAGUGUCAAAACUACUUCACUAGCUGAAGAUUGUGUGGUGGCUAAAAUGGCAAAGCUUGUUGAAGAAGCUCAGAACAGCAAAACCAGCAUUCAGAGAUUGAUUGACAAGUUUGCCCAGUUUUAUACCCCAGCUGUUGUGAUCAUAUCAGCUCUUAUAGCGCUGAUUCCAGUAGCGUUAAGAGUGCAUAACGAGAAACACUGGCUUCACUUUGCACUGGUUGUUCUAGUAAGUGCAUGUCCAUGCGCACUUAUCCUUUCAACGCCGGUUGCAACUUUUUGUGCUUAUACGAGAGCAGCCACAUCAGGUCUUCUCAUCAAAGGGGGUGACUAUCUUGAAACGCUUGCUAAAAUUAAGGUCAUUGCCUUUGACAAAACGGGUACGAUAACCAAGGGUGAAUUUCUGGUGACGCAUUUUCAGUCUCUAUCAGAUGACAUUGAUUUCAACACAUUGCUUUACUGGGUGUCAAGCGUAGAGAGCAAGUCAAGCCAUCCUUUGGCAGCAGCAAUUGUUGAUUAUGGAAGGACACUCUCUGUUGAACCACAGCCUGAAAAGGUGACAGAAUUUGAAAAUUUUCCUGGAGAAGGAAUAUGUGGGAAAAUUGAAGACAGAGUUCUUUACAUUGGAAACAAAAAAAUUGCUGCAAGAGCUGGGUCUGAAACAGUUCCAAUCAUACAAGGGGAAAUUGAAAGAGGAAAGACCACUGGAUACAUAUACUUGGGAGCAACCCCAGUUGGAUUUUUCUCUCUUUCAGAUGCUUGCAGAUUAGGGGUUCAGGAGGCAAUAGGGCAGUUGAAGUCAUUGGGAAUCAAAACUGCUAUGCUCACUGGAGAUAGUCAAUCUGCUGCAAUGCAAGCACAGGAGCAGCUGGGGCAUUCUCUGGAGUUAGUCCAUGCAGAACUUUUGCCAGAGGACAAGGUGAAAAUCAUCUCAGAAUUUAAGAAUGAAGGUCCAACAGCCAUGAUUGGAGAUGGUGUAAAUGACGCGCCGGCAUUAGCUGUAGCUGAUAUAGGAAUCUCAAUGGGCAUUUCUGGUUCUGCAUUGGCAAGUGAGACAGGAAACAUAAUUCUCAUGUCAAAUGACAUUAGGAAGAUACCAGAAGCCAUCAAGCUUGCAAGAAAGUCUCGUAGGAAAGUGGUAGAAAACAUUAUUUUGUCCAUCAUUACUAAGGCUGCGAUUCUUGGUUUGGCCAUUGGUGGUCAUCCACUUGUUUGGGCAGCAGUUGUUGCUGAUGUUGGAACAUGCCUAUUGGUCAUCUUUAACAGCAUGUUACUUCUGAGAAGAGGUCACAAUCAUGGAGGAAAAUGUAGAUCUUCCUCUAAACCAAAUAUCCACAAAAGUGGAUGUGGUGGCACUAAUGGUUGCUCCUCUCAUCAUCAUCAUGAUCAACACCAACACCAACACCAACACCAACAUGAUCAUGAUCAACAUCAACAUCAAAGCCAUAAGGGUUGUUGCUCAGACAAGACUGAAAAUGCGUCUCAACCUAAGAAAUGUGGUGGCACUCAUGGUAGUUCCUCUCAUCACCAUCAUCAUCAUCAUCAUGAUCAACAUCAACAUCAUACCCAUAACCAACAUGAUCAACAUCAUCAUCAUCAUAGCCAUGAUCAUAAUCAACAUCAUAGCCAUAACCAACAUGAUGAAUUCCACGAACAUGAUCACUGUCAUCAUGGAAGGUGUGACAAGAAUCAAGAUGGAGUCCAGAAGCAUGACACUGAAAACAAGGGUUGCUCAGAUUCACACAAUUUGAUUCUGAAUGCAGAAGAUAAUGGUGCAGCAGCAGUUGCAACAAACAGGCAUGGUAAUUGUUCGGGACAUAAGGCUCAUCAUGGGACAAAACACUGCCAUAACCAAAAUGUUGACAUGGUUACUCAUGAUGGAGCUUCACUAAGAUCUCCUUGCAACCUCAAUCUCUCUUGUCAAAAGGAAAGUCAUCAAGUUACUCAUAACCAUUGCCACCUGAUCCAUGGUUGUGAAAAUCUGAAAGACCAUGAAGAAUCCAAAGAUGUUUUAGCAUCCAAUCAUGUCAUUCAGCAUGAACAAUCAGGUGAAAUAUCGAUUGACAUUGACAAUGAUCAUGGUGAAUUAGCUUCAAUGCAUGGUUGUUCAAGUUUGAAAGAGAAAGAAAAGGAUUCCUGCUAUGAAGGCUGCACAGACACAUGCGAGAAAUUGCCUGUUGUGUGUGUUGGCUGUGAGAAUUCAAAUGAGAGAGAAGACGGUGCAUGUUGCAGAAAUGAUGGCUCUUCAAAAGAGUGUCAGGAAUCUCCUAUUAUGCACGUAUGUCUUAGUUUGGAAAAGAGAGAAGUUGGAGGAUGUUGCAAGAGCUAUAUGAAGGAAUGUUGUCGCAACCUUGGACACUCAAGAGCUGGUUUUGUAGGAGGUUUAUCUGAAAUUAUUACAGAAUAGGUGUAGCUGACUCAAGUGUAAGCAACAUAGAUGUCAGCAUAUGUUUGUUCUUGCAAAAUUAUAUAUAUUUAGUAGAUUUUUGGUGGUAUGGAAUGACAUGGAUCAAGGCCCCUAAAGUAUUAUUGCUCUUGUAUAUAGUUUGAGGAGUUAGUUUAAGUGAACACAACGUGGUGUUUGCGACCUCCAUUUUACCAAACAGGUCUGGCAUAGUACUUUUUAUUUA